CAGAAAUGUAAACAAGCCAACUCAACGUUCGUUCUGGUGCGUGUAAAAGAUUUGCAUAAAAAAGUUAGAUAAAAUGUUUGGUGUUGUGCAGUUCCUCGAGAAUGGUCGGCUACAAGUGCUUACAGUUCCCAUGAGUUGGGUGAAAGGGGGAUUUUUGAUGUGGCCAAAAUCCAUAGGCAACGAUAAAAUUGAGAGAAUGCGGAAGGACGGUACCAGUUUUCACGGAGCAACGAAAGCCAUUCCAGUGAUGGUAACUAAAAAGUUCCGGAACCUGGCACCAGCGGAGGCGGCUGUGGAAGAAUUGGCCAGAAAAGAUGUUUCGGAUUUCGAAGGGAAGAAGAAGGUACUCGCUAAGAAGAAGAAAAAGAAACCUGCAACUAAAUUAGAUGAGUUGAAUGAGCUCUGUGCAGCUCUCGUGCAGAAAAAGCAACUGAAUGCUGGGCAAAUGCUGUCUUCAACGCCUCCACAGACACUCCCAUCAUCACUUCCACGGACGCUGACUCAACAGAAGCUGCCUCUAGUACCUCCACAGAUACUGCGAUCACCAGUUCCAGAAACGAUUUCUUCGUUAAGCAUGCCACAGAUACUGUCUGUAGGAUCACUGUCUCCUGAACAAAAACCAUACGACGAACAACCAUCGACAUCAUUCGGCCACCAGAAUGUAAGGCCUGGAGCCCCUCCGUUUAUGGUAGAAAUCAACGCUGCGCUGUUGAAUUCCGGUAUAUCAAGCCCAUCCGACCACGGAAACGCUCAAACUUCCCUUGAUGUAGUAGGAGAGAUCGUUCCAAAGAUCGGACCAGGCGAGCUGCUGAUUUCAAAUAAUGACCAAGGUAAAUAUAAGCGAUAA